AUGGUAUAUUCUGAUCCCCUUGUACAUUUAAGUAUAACUGAUUCGUAUGUUAACUACGAUUUUCCUAGGGUGCGUAGGAAUGAGACUCCAUCCGAUUGGAAGAAGCGAAUCUGGGACACAUUAAUGGGAUAUAGAAAAAAUAAUCUUAUGACUGAUACUAAUAAGAGAUAUCUUAUCGCCAGAAAACCAAGAUAUUUAUAUUCAGGUGAUGUUUGGUUCGGAGUAAACAUAGGAAUAUGCUAUUCUUGCAAUCAACUUGUCUAUUCCAAAUUAGGAAGCGGGUACGAGUAUUUCCAUGCAUUCUUUAUGGAUAAGCAUUGGCGUACAAAUUGUACUGGAAACGAAUAUUGUGAUAUGAGCUUUGAAGACUACAUGAAGCUGAAAAAUAAUCCACCACCUUGCUAUUUCACAAAGAAGGCAAUCCGUCGAUAUGAGAUGUAG